CGUGUUUGUUUGUGUGUGUGAAGCAUACACGUGUCUACAUCAGUCUUCAUGUUCCAAAUAUGUCUGCCUCUAACGGAGGUGUUUUGUCGGAAGAAAAUAAAAAUUUUUUCACGGCUGUGCAGCAACCAUUUCCAGAAAUAUUAGAUGGGAAAAUAAAUACAGCACACUUCUUGGAGUCUUCCAGAGGCGUUGUUGUUCUUGUAGAAAAAUUUGGCAAAGUCUUCGCUCCCGUGAAAUAUGACAUGUCCGGCAACAUACAGAAAUUGUCUGAAAGGUACAUCACAGAUACUGAAAAGUACAAAUUCCUAAAUGAUAUGAUACUAAGCGAAAAAGAGGCCGGUGGAAUUCACGUUACUGACGCACUGUUAUGGUUAAGAAGAGCUCUACAUUUCUUCCAUGAAUUCUUUCAAUGUGUACUGAAUGAUAGCAGAGAUGGUACAAGAGAUGAAGACCUAGUUCCCUUUCUUAAAAAGGCAUACAAAGAAACUCUUGAAAGAUAUCAUGGAUGGAUGGCUCAACAACUUUUUGGUUUAAUAUCUCGGAUGUGCCCAUGUCGAUCUGAUUUGCUGUUAACGCUGUCACUGGGCCACGAGGGACAGGAAGAAAGUGUAAUGAGAAGUUUAGAUGAUUUUCUACAAGGAUUGAAUUCAAAUAUUCAGCUACUCAUAGAGUUUUAUCAAACUCAUGGACUUGAAUCAGAUGUUAGAGUGUGAAAAAAAUUUUUAAUGAAGUUUUUAUACAGGGUGUAAAUGUAGUUUAAUAUGCUUGUAAAUCAGCGACAAAAUUGUAUGCAAAUUAAUUAUUGUUGAAUAUUCAUAUGAUGAAUAAUGUACUUACAAAUUUUAUCUGCUGUUAAGUUUUAUGAAUAUGUUAGAUUUUUACAUUAAACAUGGAAGUGAAUUAAAGUUGUUCAUCUGAGAGAAUGAUAGUAUGAAUUUCUUUCUGAAAGAAAUUGCACUUAGACAUGUAUUCAGAAAUCACAUUUUCUUUUACUUAUCUAAAUAUGUAGAAACUAUGAAUUAUACGUUGCUCAAGAUUUUAUAAAUCAAAUAAGUAUGUCUGUUGCAUGUAAGUAGUUAAACUACAUCAGUUUCUCAGGUACUUGAUGCUCGGUGCUACAAUUCAUUCAAAAUAGGGUUUGGAUAAUGAUGGUAGCUAUAUACCCUCCAACUGAAAUGCAGAUUUUUAUACACAUAUAUAAUAAUAUUGUUAUUACUAAGCAAUAGUUUAUUGCAUUUUGACUGAUAUGUAGAACUUGCUGUCCAGUUGGAAGUGUCACUUAAUUAUAUUUGAAUUUGUAAAUAUUGCAAAAAGGAAAAGAGACACACCUAAUAUUAUUGAUAAGAUGAGAGCAUUGAAUGCAGUUUAAUUUUAUGAGACAACAUCUAGAGCACAGUAUAAAUCAACAUUCCAUUUAAAUCAUUUCUAUCUAAAUCUUUUUAAACUCUCGUGGUAUCUAUGCUACGGAAGGACUUUUGCAUGUUGUGAAGCUAGUCAAGAAUAUGAGUGGGGAAAAUUUAAAUAACUAGUAGUUUUUGCAAACUUUGUGAAUGAUAGUUAUUUCAACUGUAUGUUGUUUGCAGCUACAAAUAUCAUAUCUCAAAUAUCAUUUUGCAUUUUGUAGGUAUAAAAUAAAGGAAUCUGUUUGGUUGCUGAUAUUUUUAAUUAAUGAAUUUUUACUCUGAGGCUGUAGGCACACAAGCGUCAUGCAAUGGAUGUUAUAAAUGGCCCUAUUUUCUAAGACAUCAGUUCUCCGAGCUCACAUGCAGAGUACAGUGAAUGCUGUGCAGCAUGCUUGUGUCCAAUGCCCCAUUCACGUCUGUAAACUCUGCGAAGGAUGCAUUUUUAAUGUACAUUGAAGUGUGCUUGUGUGUCUCUGAUCUUAGAAUUAGAUAUAUGGACUGGCAUGUUAGAAAAAGCACUGACCUACACCUGUACAGAAUUUAGGAUGAUUUCACUCCUGUCAACCCUACUUGUUGCCUUCUCAAUUUCUUUCUCUUUCUAAAUUAGAUCUCAAUUCCUAAAGAAGUUUAAUUGGCAAAUUCACAGUUGUCGCUUCUAAUUUCUAAACUUUUGACCAUUAUUCUUAUUUUUCAUGAUUCAGUAACAUCUUUUGCAUAAUAAUGAACUUCAAUAGGUGGACUAGAUUUUCAGAAAUUAUUGUAUGUUUGUUAGUAUUUUAUAUUAGUGUGGAGGUUGCUGCAUGCAGAAAUACUUUUGAAUUCCACUCCUCUUUGUGGCUGAUGUGCCAUCAGCUUGUCAUUUCUAGGGUGCCUAUUGAUAGCAAGUUUACUACAAGUCAUCUUUCACAAGUGCAGCUAGGGAAGAGGGUAUAAGAUGUGUUGAGGAGAAAAAUCUUCCCAAAAUGCUAUCAGUUUUUUUUUUCUAGGUUACCGAGCUAUAGUACAAGAUAUUUAUUAAUUUUUACAAUGAGGAGGUUUCAGUGACAAAUUUUGUGCCAUAUAUCUUCAACCAUUGUACAAAUGAGAGUGAAAAAGGUUUCACAAAGUUUCUGUUGAACAGAGAUUAGUUUCGAUGUUCUGAUUUUGGUUGUCUUUAUUCACUUAGAUAUAAAUUAUUUUAAAGAACUCAAUAUGUACAGAAACAAGAGUAUUUUAAAAAUAUUUGUUUCUUUGAGGAGUAUGUUCAGAGUUCAGUUAUAUUUUUGGGGGGAAAUCAAAUUUCUCAUGAUUUGCUUUUUUAAAUAAGUUGUUUGGAGGUGUACCUUGGUCAGUUACUGCCUCUCAUACCCAAUUCUCUCUUUCUCUAUUUCUUGAGUUGGUGCUAUAUCUGACUAUAUUCUUAACAUUGUUAUCGACUUUAAUUUUAUAUUUAAUUUUUUUUUUUUUUCCUUUUUUUAAAAUCUUGAUAAGUCUUUUAAUAUAUAAGUAAUAUUAAUUUUACUACUUUUUUUAAAAUCUUUGUGUGGAGAAGAAUAAAAGCAUUUCUGUCAUCCCUUUGAUGAUGGUCCUGGGGCAGUCUAUGUUCUAGAACUUCAUCUUUGGGCUUCUUUGUGGUUGUCAAACUUGAAGUUGUAAACAGCCUAUACAGUUCAUAUUUGGUUUGCCCAACUUCAAACAAGAGCUUUGAGAAGUGGCUCUCUAAAAUUUAUUUCAUGGAGAUUAGAUUUUAAUUUCUUAUAUUAUGUAUUAGAUAUUAUACUUUCAUACAACCACUUUUAAAUUUACUCUUGUUAAAGCCUCUCAGUCAGAGGGGUGUUUUAUUACUCGGUGAACCAGUUCAGUGAAACAUAUUUUAAAUCUUUACGAAUUCUUAAAUUGUUAGCACAUGGGAUUAUCAACCAUUUUUAUAUGUCAUUUAUUUCUAUUGAAUAUGAGUUCGCCUUGUGCCUCCCCCAAAACUGAUGAAGUGUGAGGAUGUGGUGCAGUGCUAGUGUAUUCAUACUCUUACCUCUCUGAUUUCAAAUUGUUUUUCAAUUUUAUCUGAAUGAAAGGUAGGCGUGGUCUUUUUCUUCCUAUUAUGUGUUUUCACAUAACCAAUGCCUUGUGCAUUAUCCUUGUAAUUAACUUCAUGAAAGAGUGAGUAAAAUUUUAUAAUUCUUCACUUGAACGUUGAGUAGUUGAAUUCUCCCUUUCCUUUAAACUGACAUCAGUGCAAUGGGAAGUAGUAUCAUUUUUUCAAUUAAGGUUUUGGUAUGAACAAAAAUUAGAGAAAAAAAUUGAAUUUAGCCUUAGUGAAGUUAAAAUAAUUGUAAACUGAAUUACAAUAUUAUGUUUGGCAUAGCAAUAACCUUGCAUCAUCAUUUGUGAUAACUAUGGUGAUAACUAUAAUAUAGUCAGAACAGUGUCUUUCCUGUUUUAAACCAAUGAAAUAACAUUAGAAAUAGUUAACUUUGGCCUCAAGAUUGAAAUGUGUGAAAAUAAUGCAUUUUGUAGAAUUAUUUGGUGGAUUUUGUGUUACAUUAUUUUGUAUAAACAGAAUUUUUGAAAUCUUAAUUCUAAUCUGGAAUUGUACAUAUUUGUUGCAAUAUUUGCAGUGUAGCAUAUUUUUCACCUAAAAUUUUUAAUUGUUAAACACCAGAUUCUUUUUCUUUAAAUGUAAUAUUGUAUUCUAAAUGUAUGAAUCAAAAAUGUUUAUAUUUGAUGAAUAAAUUUAAUACCUGCUGUUUUUUUAAAA